AUGUCUUCAUCAAUGACAGAUGACUUGGUAAAGACAGUCACGGGCAUCAAGUGCUUACUUUACGCAGAUGAUCUUGUUCUAUGGUAUUCUGCCUACUGGUGCGAGAACAAUGGAAUGGUAAUCACUACUGCAAAAAUUGCAUUCCAAACUUUUGCUUUGGCCUAUCACAGCAUAAAACCGCUCCUAGUGUACAAGGAUACUACCCUAGUAAAAGCCAAUGAGUUCACUUAUCUUAGAAUGACGUUUGACACAAAGCUAACGUGGAAAAGUCACAUUGCUGAAAUAGCAGAACGAGUCUCCAAUAGAUUGAAUGUACUGAACCGUCUUGCUGGUAGCGUAUGGGGCUGUGCACGCUCAACUCUCAACACCACUUACAAGAUGUUUAUUCAGCCAAUGAUGUUGUAUUGCUGUGAGCCACUCAUUACAGCCACAGAGGAGAUUCUCAAACCACUCGAGAAGGCACACAACCAAGCAUUACGACUAAUUACUGGAGGGAUAAAAUCAACACACAUUGAUGCAAUACUCCUGCUUCUGCGCAUUCCCAUGGACAAGUUUUUUAACACCAAUAGACCAAGACAUCUGAAAACGCAGUCUCGUCUAAUACAGAAAGCCAUAGAACUGAAGAAAGCAUUACAAAUCGAUGAUAAACCAAAAAGGCUCUCUCUCCCCAUUAACCCAUUGGCAGACAUUGAUGUAGUGUGUUGCACCCAACUGCUCGACUUCUUCAGGAAAUCAAACACUCCUCCCGAGCAAAUGCGCUCACUGGCCCUUGAGACAAUCAAUGUCAACUAUCCUGGAGAUCAAUGGCUCCAAGUCUUCAGUGAUGGAUCAUACAUAGAAAACCAAGCAAAUGUUGGUGUAGAUGUCUAUUCUCAACAUUAUAAUAGCACUUAG